ACCUCGCGAGAGCGACGGGCCCGGAAGCUCCACGUCGGAGAGUCGGGACGUGCCCGGUGCGGAGCCACAUCUCAGCUGUCGGCGCUGCCGCGGGGCGACGCGACGCGGUGCCAUGCCUCUCCGACUUGAUAUCAAACGGAAGCUAACAGCUCGGUCUGACCGGGUGAAGAGCGUAGACUUGCAUCCCACGGAACCAUGGAUGUUGGCAAGCCUUUACAAUGGCAGUGUCUGUGUGUGGAACCAUGAAACACAGACCCUGGUGAAGACUUUUGAAGUAUGUGACCUACCUGUGAGAGCUGCCAAAUUUGUGGCGAGAAAGAACUGGGUUGUUACAGGAGCUGAUGACAUGCAAAUUAGAGUUUUUAAUUAUAACACUUUGGAAAGAGUUCACAUGUUUGAAGCACAUUCUGAUUACAUUCGUUGUAUUGCUGUGCAUCCCACACAGCCUUUCAUACUGACAAGCAGCGAUGACAUGCUCAUUAAACUCUGGGACUGGGAUAAAAAAUGGUCAUGUUCUCAGGUGUUUGAAGGACAUACCCAUUACGUCAUGCAGAUCGUCAUUAACCCAAAAGACAAUAAUCAGUUUGCCAGUGCCUCUUUGGAUAGGACAAUAAAGGUGUGGCAGCUUGGCUCUUCUUCACCCAACUUUACUUUGGAAGGCCACGAGAAGGGAGUAAACUGCAUUGACUAUUACAGUGGAGGAGACAAGCCAUACCUCAUUUCAGGUGCAGAUGACCGAUUGGUUAAGAUCUGGGACUACCAGAAUAAAACCUGUGUGCAGACGCUGGAAGGACAUGCUCAAAAUGUGUCAUGUGUCAGCUUCCAUCCCGAAUUGCCUAUCAUUAUCACAGGCUCAGAAGAUGGAACUGUGCGCAUUUGGCAUUCCAGCACUUACCGUCUGGAAAGUACCCUCAACUAUGGUAUGGAGAGAGUGUGGUGUGUGGCCAGUUUAAGAGGAUCCAAUAACGUGGCUUUGGGAUAUGAUGAAGGCAGCAUUAUUGUUAAGCUUGGUCGUGAAGAACCUGCCAUGUCCAUGGAUGCAAAUGGAAAAAUUAUUUGGGCUAAACAUUCAGAAGUCCAACAGGCUAACUUGAAAGCUAUGGGAGAUGCUGAAAUCAAAGAUGGAGAAAGAUUGCCACUGGCUGUGAAGGACAUGGGGAGCUGUGAAAUCUAUCCUCAAACGAUUCAGCACAACCCCAAUGGACGGUUUGUAGUAGUGUGUGGGGAUGGUGAAUACAUCAUCUACACAGCUAUGGCUUUGAGAAACAAGAGCUUUGGUUCUGCCCAGGAGUUCGUAUGGGCACACGAUUCUUCAGAAUAUGCAAUCAGAGAGAGCAACAGUGUUGUAAAGAUAUUUAAAAAUUUCAAAGAGAAGAAGUCAUUCAAACCUGAUUUUGGAGCAGAAGGCAUCUACGGUGGCUUCCUGUUGGGUGUGAGGUCUGUUAAUGGUUUGGCAUUCUAUGACUGGGAAAACACAGAACUGAUUCGCAGGAUUGAAAUUCAGCCCAAACAUAUUUUCUGGUCUGACUCGGGUGAGCUUGUCUGCAUUGCCACAGAAGAGUCAUUCUUCAUUCUGAAAUACCUAUCAGAAAAAGUUGCAGCAGCCCAAGAAACACAUGAAGGUGUCACAGAAGAUGGAAUUGAAGAUGCUUUUGAGGUUCUCGGUGAGAUUCAGGAGAUUGUGAAAACAGGCUUGUGGGUAGGCGACUGCUUUAUUUACACCAGUUCUGUGAACAGACUCAACUACUACGUCGGAGGAGAAAUUGUUACUAUUGCCCACUUAGACAGGACAAUGUACCUUUUGGGUUAUAUCCCUAAGGACAACCGACUUUAUUUGGGUGAUAAAGAGCUAAACAUUGUUAGCUACUCUUUGCUGGUGUCAGUGCUUGAAUAUCAAACUGCUGUGAUGAGAAGAGAUUUCAGUAUGGCUGAUAAAGUUCUUCCAACCAUUCCAAAAGAACAGAGAACCAGAGUUGCACACUUCCUUGAAAAACAGGGCUUUAAGCAACAAGCUCUUGCAGUAUCUACAGAUCCAGAGCAUCGUUUUGAACUUGCUCUUCAACUUGGAGAAUUAAAAAUAGCCUAUCAGCUUGCAGUGGAAGCAGAGUCAGAACAGAAAUGGAAGCAACUUGCUGAGCUUGCCAUUAGUAAAUGCCAGUUUGGCUUAGCCCAGGAGUGUCUCCACCAUGCACAAGACUACGGAGGACUACUGCUGCUGGCUACAGCUUCUGGAAACGCUAACAUGGUGAAUAAGUUAGCCGAAGGAGCAGAAAAAGAUGGCAAGAACAAUGUUGCAUUUAUGAGCUACUUCCUGCAGGGAAAGCUUGAUUCAUGUUUGGAACUCCUGAUUAAAACCGGGCGUCUCCCAGAAGCUGCUUUUCUUGCAAGGACAUAUUUGCCAAGCCAAGUUUCAAGGGUUGUUCAACUGUGGCGGGAGAAUCUCGCUAAAGUCAAUCAAAAAGCUGCAGACUCCCUCGCUGAUCCUACAGAGUAUGAAAAUCUUUUCCCUGGAUUAAAGGAAGCUUUUGUUGCUGAAGCGUAUAUGAAACAAAGCCUUACUGACUUGCGGCCAGCCAAGGAAUACCCCCUUGUCACUCCAAAUGAAGAAAGAAACUUACUUGAAGAAGCAAAAGGCUUUGAGCCCUCUGGAGUAAUGGCACCUCAGAAUUUAAAUUCAAUAGAACUUAAGGGACCUCUUGUUCUUCAGUCACCUUCUAAUGAAACAGUUCCAUCUCCUAAACAAGAAGCAAAGACGAUUUUGCAGAAUUCCGAUCUACUCCCAUCAAGAGAUCAAAAGACACUGCUGGACUUGGAAGAUGACUUGGAUAACCUGGACCUGGAGGAUAUUGAUACCACAGAUAUCAAUCUGGAUGAAGAGAUCUUAGAUGAGUGAACCCACUUUUAAAAUGACCAAGUCAAGUACUCUGCUUAACAAAGGAAUUAAAUUCUGUGGACUAUGUGCUUCAGGUUGAUUUUUAUACUACAAGUGGACCAUGUACAUGUAGAAGGAAGAGUAGGCUCAUCAACUGUACAAAAAGAAUCAGCUUCAAGUAUGUUGAAAGUCAAGAUGUAGGCUUGCUCCUGUGCAUACUAAAAAUGUUUUUCUUUAUCAACCAAUUCAGUAAAUGCUUUUAAACAUUCUGUUCCUUACUUCUCCAUUUACUAGUAAUUCUAUUAUGCUUCAGGGGUAUGUAUUACAAAAAUUGGAAAUGGUAGCAGAGUAGCCAAGACUUAAUAAUUUAAUCUGACUUUUCUUAGCAUAUACACUUAGGUAUAUGGUUAUUUUUUUCAUGGUACUCUUUAGCUUGUAUCUGUUAAAAAUCAGUAGCUCUAGACAACACUUAUAGCUAAACCACUUAAAGGAUAGGGAUGGUGUUACUUUCCUAAACAAAGUCAUCCAGGCCCUACCCUUUAGUAAGUAAAAAUUUAAUCCUGGACAAUUAUCUACAUUCAAGAUACAACAGUAAAAGAAUUAAAAUUGGGAGUAUCUUUUCACCUCAAAAGUCAUAACUGCUCUAAGUUCAUUCACAGAACUUUUGACAAUAACAAGUUAAGGUAGUGAUUCUCACAUUUUAGUAAAACACAGUUCUAGCAA